CCACACAUCUGGGGAGGAGCGUCCAGCUGUGCCAGAGAUGCUGCUGCCGGCCCUGCUGCUCCUGCUCUGCUGCCCCUGGGCCAGUACCAGAGCUCUGCGGGGUCAGAUUGUGGGGGGCCACGAGGCGCGGCCCCACUCCCACCCGUACAUGGCGUACCUGAAGAUAGGGGGGCUGGGGGCCUGCGGGGGCUUCCUGGUGGCCCCUGACUGGGUGAUGUCAGCUGCACACUGCAUGGGGAAUAUCACAGUCAUCCUGGGAGCUCACGACAUCCAUGAACCAGAAAAAAGCCAGCAGGUCCGGGGAGUCCUCAAGUACCACGAGCACCCCGAAUACAACCCCAGCACGAUGAACAACGACAUCAUGCUGCUCCAGCUAACAUCCAAGGCCACUCUCAAUGACUACGUCCAGACCAUCCCACUGCCCAAGAGCGGCAGCGACCUCCCCACGGGCACCAAGUGCUUGAUCGCCGGCUGGGGUCUGAUCGAUGAGGACAGGGCCACCAACAAGCUCUUUGAGACCAAAGUCUCCAUCUACAGCCGCAGGAAAUGCGUCCUCUUCUACCCACACCUGGACUCUGGCAUGGUCUGUGCAGGCAGCUUCCACCAGCUGAAGGAUUCCAGCCAGGGAGAUUCUGGUGGGCCUCUGGUGUGUAAUAAAGUGGCACAAGGUGUUGUUUCCUUUGGCUAUGACUCCCCACCUGGGGUCUACACCCGCAUCUCCAACUACCUGCCCUGGAUCAAAAAAGUCAUGAAGAAGUAGCGGCAGUGGCAGCACUUUCUCCAGCUCUGGUGUGGCUCUGGAGACUGCAAUAGCUUCCCUCCUGCCCCUGCUGAGGGCUCAACUCCCUCUUCUCUCCUUGGGAACCCAAGUGACUUGAUCAGUGCACUUGAGAGCCCCCUUCAUUCUGUUCUGAGGCUGCUGCCUGUGCCAUUCCCUGCCCGUCUCAGGGCUGUGUUAAAUCACCCUGGAAGAAGCAGGGAUAGCCCCAGAUGGCACAAAAAGAGGCUGUGCCACAACAGACCCCACUUCCUUCAGAGAUAACCCUGUUCCUGCUUGAACCUUGCUGCACUUAAAGCACCCACAGUAAACUCAAAGCUGCA